CUUCGCUCCCCACAAGCCACAAAACCCUCUCUUCCAGAAGCAGCAGCGCGGCGGAGAGAAGCGGAGAGAGCGCUGUCCGGGAACUGGGUUGCCUUUCCCACGUUCGCAGGCCAUGGGGAUCGAAAUGCCGCAAUGUGGUUCCACUGGAGUAGUAGUCAGACCUGGAGAAACUGUGAAGUGUGACCCAGGAGACUCCUUUUGUCAUAUUUCACAGAUAGCACUACAGGCUGGCAAGGGGAAUGAGGAUGUGAGGAUAUUUAUGAAAGUUGAUGGCAGAGAAUUCUUGAUCGCCACACUUUCAGAUGACAAGUACCCUCACCAUAGAACUGAUUUGUAUUUGGAGAAGGAGUUUGAGUUACUACACAGCUCAAAAACCAGAAGCAUCUCUGUUAUUGGCAACAACUUCAGCAAUCUCGAGAUAAAACCUGACACUUCUAGCAAACAAGGGCUUACUGCUAUUCAGUCAUCUACCUUGGAGGAGACAAUGGACGCUGGGAAACUGCAAACUGGUGUUGGUGCCUCUGAUGAUGAUGACAGCGAUGAAGACUAUCUUGAUUCAGAAGGGGGUGAAACUAGUGAUGAUGAGGAUUUCAGUUCAAAUGAAGAUGAUGAAGACUCCCCAAAGAGUGCUAAGGAUAAGAAUAGGCCAGAAGAAAAAACCUUGAAGACACCACCAGAGAAAAAGGCCAGGAUGACAACACCAGGCAGUGGUACUGGUAUGAGAACUGGCUAUGUACAUGUUGCCACCCCUUAUCCAUCCAAGCUGGUGAAGAAGACGCCUUCAAUCGUUGAGAGGCCUAAGCAACCUACUGGAUAUGCCUGCAACUCGUGCAGCAGGACUUUCAAUUCCUACAUAGCUCUGAAAACUCAUUGCAAGGUGAAGAAGCAUAAACGUAGUCCUCACUCCUCAGAAAUGAGCUGAAGUUUUUUUUCCCUGGAGAAGCCUGGCUUGGGUAAUUUGGGCUUGGGCACUUGCCUUGGUAAUGGUGGGAUGUCAAAUCAAGUUUCUGGAUUUUUAUGCUGGUCUGAGAGUAAAGAAGUUGAUUCUCUCGUUGGAGCACUGGAAUGCUAUGUUUUGGUACCGAAUAUUUUGGUACUUUGAAGCAUGGUCCGCGCGAUACUACUAGGGUGUUGGAAUUUGGUCAAUAAUGUAUUGGUUUUCCUUUUCGCGAA